AUGGACGAGCUGCGGUACCGCGCCCAGCAGCCUCCACUCGGCGACGCCACCAUGGGCUCGUUCGUUUCGCCGCCCCGGAACGGUGGUAGCCGCCUGCCGCAGCCCACUGCUUCCCACGACCCACGAUCUGUUCUACCCCGGCGCUUCACCACCGACUCGGGGCGCGUACCAACAUUAGCCAGCAUCGCUCCCCAACGUGCGCCCGAGUCCCAGGAGCUUGCAGCCUCGACGGCACUGCAUAAGGUCCAAUUGCUCGAGAAGAAAAGGUUAGAGUACGAAAAGCUCCGCGAACAGAAGCGCCGCUUUGAGGCCGAGAUGCACAAGCUGGACCAGCAGCAGCGCCGCGACGAGCAGGAGCUCGCCGCUAUGCAGGAGGACCUCGGCCGCCUCGGAGCCGUUGCUAUCGCCACGGGUCAUCAGUCCGAGCCCACAACACCCCCCGAGUACCGCGAAACCACCGCAUCCGGUUUCCCCUCCAUGUUCUCCCGCCCCAACCGCUACUCCACGUCCAGCCUGACUUCGCCACCGGGCAUCUUCAAUCGCCCCGGCCGGUCUGGCUCACAAAUUGCCUCGCCGCAGGCAGGUAUCAACAUGCAACCGCCGGCCUCUGCCUCUUCCUCGACAGCUUCCAACGCUCAGCAACAGCAGCAGCAGCAACAGCACGGCUUUGGUUUCGACGACCAGUUACCCUCACGGUCAGUGCCGACCACGCGCCGCAACAGCGACGAGGACGAGAAGGAGGAGGCUGUCCGCCAAGACCCCACGAGCCACCGCUCUACAAAUGCACCACCUUAA